AUGAGUAGGGAAAAAAACCAGAACAAAGUGACUUUGGGCAUGCUAAAAGGUAAAUCAAUUACUACAUCAGUUCCAUCAAUAUCUAUAAAAUUUCAUGCUAAUGCUGAACAAAUUGAAGAGCUAUAUGCUAGUGAAGAAGAAACCAAUAAAAGUGAAGAUAAAUCUGAAAAAUCUCCAGCUGCUCCUAGUGUCCCAUUCACUAUAGGAGAGCCAGAUAGCAGCCCUCUGAAAUAUUUGAACAGGCUCAGUAAAAGAUCCACCAGUGUGGACGUUUCCAGUGCUCAUCCAUCUGAUGCGUCACCCCCUUCUGAUCCAUGGAAAUUUUUUUCAGACAUUAAAGGUAAAAUCACAAAGAGUGUUGAAGAAAAAUUAACGGAAAUAAAAGCUAGAAGCCAAGAGGAAGGAUCCCCACACCACAAAUCAAAGCUUGAUCUGAAAACAAUAAGAGAUAGCAAAGAAAAUUCCAGUGUAUCUGAUUCUGAAGAUUUAUCAGAAAGCAGUAUCUCUAAAACUUGUGGGAUAAUUUCCACAACAGAAGGUGUUGAGAUGUCUAGUGACGAAGAUACGUCGUCCUUGGAAAAGGACAAAAACAAUGAAAAGGCAUCUAGUGGAGUGCGUCACAGGUUUCGGUUUUUUAAAAAACAUCAUCAGGAAGAGGGAACUGUCAAAGUCAAUGAUUUAUCAAAACUUUACAACAUCAACACUGAAUCUGCCGAACAAGCACUUCCAGAAGACUCUGAAGGGGUAGAAAGUGCAGUGGAUGCUCUAGAAGAAACAGAUCAAAAAUCUGAUACACCAACAAUAAAAGUUGCUAGUCUUGAAGUUUUAAAAUCUGUCUGUCAGAAAAUAGACAAUCUAGAAAUUGGUGAUAAUAAUGUUGUCGAUAUCAGAGAAGUGAGUGGAAUGGAGCUGAAAGAGAAGUUUUUCGAUUGUAAUGAAGAUACAGUGAAAACUGUGUUUGCACCCACUGGGUUCGUAGAUUUACGUCCAAAAAAGAUAUGUCCUCCAACUAACUACUUGCCCUUCCUAAUCCUAGGUGUAUCUGUAGUGGUUUAUUUCAUUAUAUAUAGAUAUUCUCCAUAUUCGGCAGGAAUGGCAGCUGGAAUAAUUUUGUCUUACACAAUUUUUGUUGCAUACACGAAAUUGCACCAGAAAAGUGAAAUGAACAAAGUUACAGAACUGACAAAUGACGUAGAAUCCAGCAAUUAUUUUGAAAUACAAGCUGUCAAAGAAUAUCAGCCUCUUCAAAAAUAUGAAGGAUGGGUAAAUGAAUAUCCAGACAUAUACAGUCCGGAGACUUACCACAUUUUCCAAACCCAGUCAGUUUUCUUGAGACUGCAGGGUAACUUGUUGAGAAUAAGCCAUUCGAAAAAUAAGGUCUCUAGAAGGGCGAUGUUCAAUGAACCAGAAAUCAAGGCCAGCUUCACCAGGCAUAGAAUAUACAAUUUGAUUGGAGCAAAAAUAUCUCUUUUGCCAGAGGGACUGGCUAGAAAGAGGUUCUGGAGUAAGAAAUACCCUAUUUGUAUAACUUUGUCCAGUGAACAAAUGAGUUUUGAUCCAGAAAUAUUGUCCAAUUUGGAUCUGGAGGUACAAAAACACAUGGAGAAAGAUAAAGCGGUUUCGCCAUCAGAAAAGGAUAAAUCUUGCCGAGGUUUCAAGAAGUUUAGAAAGAAUAAGGAAUAUCCCGUAUUGGCUCAGAGAUUCAGUAAAUUGACCGAGGAUGAGGAAUUUGAUUUAGAUUCUGAUUCUAGAGCGAGUACACCUUCUGUUGAAAUAUCGGAUGUUGCAGAUUUUCCAACUCUUGAAGAUGAAAAUCUACUAGACAGCAAAGAUGAUGUGAAUGGCUCAGCUAAUCAUUCAUUAUUGUUGUCACCCUCUGAAGAUACUGGGAAAAACCCUCUGAAAAUCUAUUUAUUUGGUCGGACUGACAGAGAGAAAGAAGACUGGUUUAGAAGGUUGUGUACUGGUACUCACAAGAGUGCCACCAUUGUUUCCACGGAUUCCAGCAAUCCAGAUCUUCGGGAUGCUGUUUCAGAUACACUUUCUGAAGCAGCUCAGACUGAACUCCAGUAUUUGAAAUACAUGAGUAUAUUCAAGACUUCCAAACACAAGCAAUCGAGACUUCCCAAAGAUUCCGACCCCGACCAGCAUGAAAAACCUGAAGAAGGCGAUUCACGGAACUUGGAUUCGCUGCUGUGGCUUAACUCCCUCAUAGGCAGGAUCCUUUUCGAUUGCGUGCGAGACGCCAACUUCAUCGGCAAAGUGAAGGAUCGCAUCGAGCGCAAACUUUCCACCAUCAAACUCCCCUAUUUCAUCGAGGAGAUCCACAUUCCCGAGUUGUCUCUGGACGAGGCGCCGUCUAGUGCCAUCGAGAAGAUAGGGCAGCCGCAGGUGGACGACAGGGGGCUGUGGAUCGACUUGGCGGUGAAUUAUCGGGGGACGAUGGUGCUGACGUUGCAGACGAAGUUGAACCUGAUGCGGCUGAAGAAUCCGCAGGCUUAUGAGAAAUCCGGGUGCGAGCCGAAAUCGGCCAUAUACAAUUCGGAUGUGGACGAUUCGGCGGAGAGCAGCUCCGACGAGGAGGGCUCCCAAGAGAUACCGAACGUGCCGCAGGACGUGACAGCCGGCUCGGCCAAUUCGGGCGGCAAGAAGUUCAUCAAGAUGGUGGACAGGCUGGCCGAGUCGAAGUUCUUCCAGGCCGCCACGGAGAAUCGCUACAUCAAGAAGGCCAUGGAAGGGGUGUCGAAUACCCACCUGAGGCUCACGGUGGAGGUGAAAGCGGUGGUGGGCACCUUGGUGGUGAACAUCCCCCCACCGCCCAGCGACAGGGUGUGGUUGGGGUUCCGACCGGUGCCGGAAUUGUCCCUUUCGGCGAAACCGGUAGUGGGAGAGAGGAACAUCAACUACAACAUGGUUACCAGUUGGAUAGAAAAGAAAUUGGGGCAAGAGUUCCAGAAAAUAAUGGUGAUUCCAAAUAUGGAAGACUUCGUGAUACCUGUGAUGAAUCCUAAGUUACCAGAUUGA